UUCCUCAAAAAAAAAAUACAUACUCUCUGAAACGGCUGAUCUCGGGGCUUUGCCUUAAGCUUUCCUCGUUCAAGGUGACAGUGAGGGCAGAGUUAUAUUGGAUCACCAUUUUUCAGAAGUUGUAAGGAGAUGAUCGUCUGUGUUGCAGUCGUCGGUCACCAGAAUAAUCCGUUGUACAUUCAAAGCUUCACGGAGGCUGAUGAUGCACUCAAGCUUCAUCACAUUGUUCAUUGCUCAUUGGACGUUAUUGACGAACGAGUGAACAAUCCCAAGAAAUCCGGGCCGAUGCUCAAUGAAACAUAUCUUGGUCUACUUUACCCAACAGAGAACUACAAAGUGUAUGGCUAUUUGACCAACACUAAGGUGAAAUUCAUCUUGGUAACCACCGAUUUAGAUGUUAGAGAUGCUGACGUGAGAAAUUUCUUCCGGAAAUUUCAUGCAGCUUAUGUGGAUGCAGUUUCAAAUCCUUUUCAUGUACCAGGUAAAAAGAUAACCUCUCGGACGUUUGCUGAAAGUGUCAGUAAGAUUGUCAAGUCCUUUGGAUUGGGUUCAUCUGGUUGAUCUGUGUCGCCCUUUCUGAAAACUCGUGAAGCCUUUCUGCUGGAGUCAGCAGACCUAUUUCCUUUGCUGAAGAAUUUGGCGGCAGCCAAAAUAUGACAUUGGUUUGUUUUGUAUGUGGUACAAAAUGCACUGAGAUGACGAACUCUUCUGCUAAUGGCCUGAAUUUGUCAUUUGUACUUCAUAAAGAAGGCAACGGAAAAAUUCCCUGAGCUUGUAGGUUGUGACCAGAUCUUUUUACCAUUUAGUACCAGAGAGGUGUAUUGUAACAUUCUGUAUCGAUUAUUUUCAAGAAGCCAUUUUAUUAUUGGAUUUGGUUUUUGGUUGGCGCU